ACAUAGGUGGGGAAGUGAUAGAGAGGAUUUCAGGUUUUGCAUUCCCCUUUGAUCUUCCUUUCUUCCAGGCGAUGAUCUUUGCAGCACAAAUGUUGAAGAUGUCGUUGCUCUUGCUUUUUCACCUUUUCUUUUUAAGUGCAUUUGGUCGUACUGGUGCAGGUAAAGAACCCGUUGUGUUUUUAAACCUUUAUAACACAAUCCCAGAGGUCUUCCAAGCAUCCUCUCACUCUGCUCUUCCAAUAGCUGUUUCUGUGGGUGAUGAAAGCCUCUAUGAGGUCUCAAGCAGUGUUUUAAUGGCUGAAACGUGGCUCAGGUCCAAUGUUUUAGCUCGCUACCCGGCAACCAAAAUCACCACCAUUGUUGUGGGUGACACCGUGCUUUGCAACAGAGGCAAAGAACACAAGCUGGAUUUGGUCCUGCCAUCUCUUAAGAACCUUUAUCAGUCUCUGACAAGGUGGGGUUUGGAAAAAGAAAUCAAAGUUUCUGCUGCUUUCUCUUCCAACUGUUUGGUGCACCAUUACUCUGCUUCGUACAGAGACGAUUUAACUGAGAAAGUUAUCAAACCUCUGCUAGAGUUUCUGCAGGGUACCAACUCAACCUACUCAGUCAACCUGUAUCCAAAAUUCUAUCCUUUGUCAGAUGAACUCGAGAGCUUGGUGUCUUAUCACUCUGGGUCCAUGGGAAAGCUGGGAUUUGUUGAGCUCAAAAACAUUAAUGUGUUGGUCCCUAAUCCAAAAGAGAAAAAAUCCAUGGGCAGGAAGCUCUCGAUCAUGGACUCCAAGCUUGACGAACCACUCCCAGAAAUGGCACUAUCCCCACUCCACUCCUCCGUUGGAUACCCUGUUCCAGCCAAUGUAGCACAAAACCCACAUCCCCCAAUUGCCCAAAUAGCCUCUCCGCCAUCGUUGCCCUUCUCCUUUGCUCCAGAGAAGCCUCCAGUUAUCGGUACAGCGACUCCACCUUUCGGUUUACCAUUUCCUCCUUGUAAACCUCCUUCUACCAGUGCCCCAGAACCAGAGACAGCGGGGAUCCAGAAGCUGUGGUGUGUGGCCAAGCCUAGUAUUCCUGCAGAGACACUGCAAGUGGCAAUGGAUUAUGCUUGUGGAGAAGGUGGCGCUGCUUGUGAGGAGAUUCAGCCUAAUGGGAACUGUUACCAUCCUGAUACCGUUGUUGCACAUGCUUCUUAUGCCUUCAAUAGCUACUGGCAGAAGAACAAGAGGAACGGCGGAGUUUGUAGCUUCGGGGGGACUGCCAUGUUAAUCAAUACUGACCCAAGUUCUCCUCACUGUCGAUUUGUGCUCAGCUAGAUGGAUACGGAAGUGAAAGCCUCAAGGGAGAUUGCGGUGUUUGUUUUAUUUCCACUUCAUAUGGGAAUAAUGACUGUUGAGGUGUUUCCUUCGCCUUUAAUAAGUUCAGUUAGAUUGGUUGUAGUUAUUCUCGAGACACUACGACCAAAAACGACUUUUGAGUUUUGACGUCUGUCCUGGAUAUAUACGCUGCUUGUGCUUCAAUAAAAAGACUCUUGUUUUGCUGUUUC